UGUUUUCAAGGUUAAAAGAAAUGUCACGAAUGUAGAAAUAUGUCUUACAAGACUAUUUUAGUUUUUUAUUUACGUUUGUCCAAAGCUCAGCGCCAGUGAACUCGACAAAACUGCAAAGAAAUUCGUGAAAGUAGAUUUCCUAAACAAAGGAAAUAUGAAAUCAUCGACUGAGAAAAUAUGAAAUCGUACGGGAUUAAACAGUUUUUGUCAAGGGUCAUUGUUACAGCUUUUCUCAUUACUACCUGGGAUAUUCCAACAUAUUAUGGCAAACCUCAGAAGUUUAAUACAACGGAACAAGGCAGAAAGAAACAAUACGUUGUGACAGAAGAAGAGAUACAAGACACAUAUUUCAUUCCACAUCAACAGCAAUACCCAGUUACCCCUCAAUACGCAGUUCCAGUAAUAACACCAGUUGUCAGUCCCCCAGAACCUCAACCAGAGGCAAAAAAGCCGAAAGAAAAACACGGGAGUGCACACAAAGAAAAACAUGUUUUAUUCCAGCCAAAGAAAACGGGAAACGAAAAUGACAAUUAUGCAAGAAUUAGCAAAGGCACUGCUGCAAAAAACGGGAACUCUAUUGAUAGCAACAGAAACAGGGGGACUAAAAAGGAUAGCGGGGACGGCGAAAUCUUAGAAAACAGUGACACUACCAGAAAGGAGAGUGGGUCUGCUGGAUUAAUAAAAACUACUUCAAGUGAUACUAAGAAAGGGAAAGAAUAUAGAAAUGUGGGAUGUUAUAAGGACACUUUACCAAGAGCUGUACCCUCACUUGAAGGUUCUGACCCUAUCCUUAAGGAGUAUUACAAAAGACGACUCAAUGCUGUCGAGAAAUGUUCCCAAGUAGCAAAAUCGCGAGGCUACCAACUAUUUACCAUUCAAAAUGGUGGAUUUUGUUCAUCUGGACCUAUGGCCCACAGAACAUUUCAAAUAUAUGGGCCAGCGAGUAACUGUAGGAACGGCAGAGGUGGGAAUUGGGCCAGUGACGUAUACGUGUUUAGUGCAUAUGAAUACGAGCUGACAGUUCAUACAGGAACAGAGCAAAAAAGUUCAACAGAUGCGAAGAUUUCUGUAGCUUUAUAUGGUGUGAUGGGAUCAUCAAGACAUAUCCCUCUAAGAUCACAAGCAUCCGCAGGCAUCAACGACCCAUUUCAAAAUGGACAAGUGGAUAAAUUCACGGUACAUACAGUUCCACUGGGAGACUUGACAAGACUACAUGUGUGUCUUGAUAACACAGGACCAGCACCAGCGUGGUAUUUAGAGAAGAUCUCAAUAAAAGACCCAAGAAAUGACAUUUACAUAUUUCCAUGCAACUGCUGGUUAAAAGGUGGCAAGAAAGGAAGUAUUACAGAAAGAAACCUUUUGCCAGCUGUGGUUAUCAUUCCCAAAUCAUUCAACUUUAUUGGAUGUUUUAAACACCCCAGAACAGACAAUAUUGCUUUAGAAGCUCAGGGUUAUAAGAUCUUAGAUGGUCAACCUUCCUCGGCAAUCCAAAGCAAGCGUACUAAACCAAUAAAUAAAGAUUACGUCAUCGAAAUGUGUGCACAGGGCACCCAUGAUAGAGGUUACAUGUUCUUUGGAAUUCACAACGGUAACCAGUGUAUUACAAGUGGUACGUUUCAAGAUACAUACGGCAAAUAUGGAAUGGCGUCUGAUUGUUUUAAGACUGGUAGAGGUGGUAGUGAAUCUAUUGCCGUGUAUACCUUUACAGACAGAGAACCACUCAAACACGCGACUGGUACAACAUCUUAGGGAACACACGGUGAUAAAAAUUCAGGAUUAUUUAAUAUACACAAGAUUGUUUC